CUUUUUGACUUUUCACAUGGACAUAAUAACUCUAACUGUUGAUGUUCUUUUAUAAAUUUAGAUUUAUACAUGUAUUUUAUCAGUAAAAGCAUAUUAAGUGUACCAUUAUACCAAAUGUCUCAUUUCCUAACAAAAAUGUUGAAUUGUGCAAUGUUUCCGGGGGAUAUAUUCUUCGAUUGUCGUAAGUUGUAGAGUGCGUGCUUCUUGUGCCCAUCCUUGCAUCUCGCCCUUGCAGUUGAUUUUUUUUAUAGCUUGGCCCUACAAACUUUUUUAAUAUAUAUACGAGUAUUAUAAAAUUCGGUGGUUCAAUGAUAAAAGAAAGUUUUUUUGUUAUGUGGUUAGAUAGUGUAAAUAGUUAUUAAUUAUUUGACUGUAUUUAUUUUCGGUUUUUUAACUUUUAUCUUCUAGUUCCACUCCAGUAGUAUUCUUAAUUGCUUUAUUGAUCCUUGAAGAGUGAAGAUGGUGACAUAAUGGACUGCAUUGACAUUUAUAAGCAACCAGCUUUUAAUCAUCCUGCUCUAAGAAACCACAUAAUUCAGAUUGCUCCAAGCUCUGUUAUGACAAUGAAGCCUGAAGCUGCAAUAACAAAAGAAAAGUGUAGCAUGAUUCAUACUCACCAGUUAUGGAGAAAGAAUGGAAGCUGUCCUAUCGGAACAAUUCCUGUUCGGAGAAACUGUCAAACUGAUGUUCUCGAUUGCAAUCUUGCAGCCAAAUACGGUAGAAAGAAUCGGCCUAGCAUUCAAUAUGAGUUAAAAACAUCCAACUAUCUUCAAGCAAACCAUGCGUUUGCGAUCAUGAUGACCGAAGGAUUCAACUACCAUGGCGCCAAAGCGGACAUUAAAGUAUGGAACCCUUACGUUGAACAUGAUGAUGAGUAUAGUACUUCCCGAAUCAUUCUAGAAAAUGGGGCUUACAAUAACUAUGAGUGUGUCGAGUCUGGAUGGAUGGUGAAUCCGAGUGUGUAUGGAGAUCGAGAAACUCGUAUAUAUGCCUAUUGGACUGUAGAUGGUUCUAGCACAACAGGUUGCUUUGAUCUCAUGUGCCCUGGAUUUGUACAAACAAGCAAUGAGAUAGCUCUUGGUGGUGUAAUUAAAUCAAUCCCAGUUCCUGGUGGUCUUCCAUGGAUCAUGACUCUACACAUUGUAAGGGAUCCAAUCUCGAAGAAUUGGUGGCUAAGAUACCAAGGAAACAUAAGUAUAGGUUACUGGCCAGCAGAAUUGUUCAAGGCAUUAAGAUCAACAGUAGAAGUAAUUCAAUGGGGAGGUGAAAUCUACAGUACAAGACUUGGGCAUCCUGGUCAUACAAAGACUGAGAUGGGAAGUGGAGAUUUACCUUUGGUUAUUCAACCAAAUUCAACUGGUUGGUUUAAAAGGAUGCGUAUUCAGGAAAACUCCAUGGAUCUUAAGCAACCAGAAUCUGCUUAUACUUAUUCAGAUGAUCACAGAUGCUACCCUAUCUACUUACGUAAAGAUCAGUAUGCUGAACCUGAGUUUUAUUAUGGAGGUCCUGGUAAGGAUUGGCAUAGCCUUCUAUGUGCUUAUUGA